CGAUCCAGGGUCACACUGUUUCAUUGUUUUGCUUUUGCUGAGUUUCCAUGUAAAAUAAAUUAUAGAAAUAUAAUAUAUCUGCAAACAUUUUACGCAAGAUCAAGAACUCGUUUCGCCAGCGCAGCAAGAAGAAUCGACCGCGGCAGGCCACGCCCCCACUGCCAGCCGCCCCCAUUGCCGGAAAUUCCGCCUGCUCCUCAAAUUUUGUCCCGCGGAGCACCCACUUUCCGCGGGAGGAGCACCCGGUUACCAAGGACACCGCCGUCGCAAUGGAGAGCAACCUGAACAGGAUCAUCCGGGAAUCGGCCAAACUGAAACUCAGUGGCCAGCUCAGCAAAUACACCAAUGUGAUGAAGGGCUGGCAGUAUCGCUGGUUCACUGUGGACGCAAAGACGGGAUCGCUGAGCUACUACUUGUGCGACUCGUCGACGGUGGGCGAUGACAUCGCACCCUCGCCCCACGUCCUGGCCAGUGCUCCAAGGGGCCAGGUGCAGCUGGCUGGCGCCGUGGUCUACCCCAGUGAUGAGGACUCCAGGACCUUCGCCAUCGCCUGCGCCUCGGGCGACACGGUGAAACUGCGGGCCAACGAUGCCAGGGCCAGGCAGGAGUGGGUCUCCGGCCUGCGGGCCGUCGUCGAGAGCCACAUGAAGGCCAUGGACAUCAGCAACUCCUCGCCGCUGCCCCCGCGCGAACUGCUGGCCGCCUCCGAUGCCAUGGUGUCCGCUCGUCAAGCCCUGUUUCUCACGGAACAAUGCAAUGCUUCUCUGGCCAGGGCCAUCGAGAGCAUCGACUGUGCUUCCUUCUCGCCCACGGAUCCCGAUCUUCUCCUGCUCAAGGCAAUCUCGACGGCCAGCACCCAGUGCCUGCACCAGUGUUUGGGUCUGCUCCAGCGCCACCAGGAGAUCAACCAGCCACCGGCCGAGUCCGUGCCCCUUGUGCUCUGAGAUCCAGAGUCGCUAUCCAGUAUCCACCACGAUGUACCCCAAUAAACACUAAGCCAAAACUGCA